AUGAAGACUCCGCAGGUCAUCGGAGAUACACCAACACCGCUGCUGCUGCUGCUGCUGCUGGGACUGACAGGGCUUUGCAUUGACGCGUACAAGCCUGUCGUCAUCGUGCAUGGUCUCUUUGAUGGACCAAAGCAGUUCAUAAAUCUGUCUACUUACAUAACCACGGAGCAUCCAGGCACUGAGGUGAAAGUGAUUGACAUGUAUGACAGCAUUUUCAGUGUGCAGCGAUUGUGGAAGCAGGUCCGAGAAUUCAGGAAAGCCAUCAACCCCAUCAUGGAAAAGGCUCCUGGUGGCAUUCAUCUUCUGUGCUUUUCACAAGGUGGUCUAAUUUGUCGAGCACUUCUCUCUACGACUCCAAACCACAACGUCCACUCCUUCAUCUCACUGUCAUCACCACAGGCUGGGCAGUAUGGAGACACAGACAACCUGAAUCGGGUAUUUCCUGGCUACCUCAAGAAAACAAUCUUUUUUUUUUGCUACAACAUAGUGGGACAGAUAGCGUCUAUCUGCGACUACUGGAACGACCCUCACCACAGGUCCAGCUACUUGCAGGGCAACACCUUUCUGCCGCUGCUCAAUGGUGAAAAACCUCACGAUGAGAUGAAAUCAUGGAGAGAAAACUUCCUGCGCAUCAAGAAGCUUGUGCUGAUUGGAGGACCAGAUGAUGGCGUCAUCACACCGUGGGAGUCCAGCCACUUUGGAUUCUAUGACAGCAAUGAAACUGUUGUGCAAAUGAGGAACCAGGAGUUUUACAAGAACGACACGUUUGGACUGAAGAUGCUGAGCGAUCGUGGAGACGUGUCGGUGUGUGUUCACUCUGGUGUGAAGCACGUUCAGUGGCACUCCAACUUCACGGUGUUCAGGAGCUGCAUAGAGAACUGGCUUACAUGAAAACAACACACCGACAGAGGGGUCACGCGAUGCA